UAAUCUCUCACUUUACUUACCCCCACCCCCACCCCCUCCUUUAGAUAAAUUGAUUAAUACAUCCAUUACUACUUAUUACUUAUUAGAUAUUACAUGACUAUUGAUCAUAACGUUGACCAUAUCGCCAUCUUGGUGUGUGAUACUCCUAUUGAAGGAAUCAGUUCUAAGUAUGGAGAUUUUGGAGAUAAUGUAAAGGAUUUAUUAACGGCAAUUAAUGAUUAUCCUUUACCAUAUAUAACUCAACGUUAUGAUAUAGCAACAAGUGAUAUUAAUCCAAGUCAAGAAAUAAUUAAUGAAUUAAAAUCUACUUAUGAUCGCUUACGUGCAGGAAUCGUGUUUGGAUAUAUUAAAGGAAUUAUAUUAACAGGAUCAAGAGCUGAUUGUUUUGCAAAUGAUAUAUUAUGGAUUAAUUUACUUGAUACAUUUAUUCAACAAGUAUUAAAUAAUCUUUGUAAUUUCCCUAUUGUAGGGAUUUGUUUUGGACAUCAAAUUUUAGCCAAAAAUUUAGGUGCAAAAGUUGGAAGAAAUGGUGAUAUUGGUUGGGAAUUAGGUAUAACAACAGUAGAAAUAAAUUCUGAUAUUUAUAAUAUACCUAAUUCACCAUUUGUAGGACCAUUAAAUAAAGAAAUUGGUCAUAUAAAUAUUGUAGAAUCUCAUCAAGAUAUAGUACAUAAUGUACCUAUAACUCAAACAACUAGAUUUAUAACUUUAGGUUCAACAUCUAAAUGUACUGUUCAAGGUUUAUUAACAGCUGAUGGACCACUUAAAUUAUUAACUUUUCAAGGUCAUCCUGAAUUUACAACUCCUCUUGCUCUUGAUUUACUUAUUUCUGAUAGAAAUAACGGGAUAAUUACUGAUUAUGAAUUAGAUAAGUAUACUUAUAAUACUAACAAUUUAAAUAAUCAAGGACAAUUAUUGGCUAAAGUCAUUAAUAAUUUCUUAACUAUACAUAAGUAA